AUGUCGGGUCUAACGGAAAUCUCCCUGCCAAGCUUUCAAAAGAUUGCCUCCGGCAAAGUGCGCGAUCUUUUCGAGCUUCCCGACAAGAACACGCUUCUCUUUGUGGCCUCUGAUCGAGUCUCAGCCUACGAUGCUGUUCUCAAGAACGCAAUUCCUGACAAGGGAAAGAUCUUGACCCUCCUUUCGGCACACUGGUUCCGGGUCUUGACGGAGCGCAUUCCUGACCUGCGCACCCAUUUCAUUAGCCUCGAUGUCCCUGAGGGCGUUAGUACCAAGGAGGCUCAGAUUAUCAAGGACAGAUCCAUGGUCGUCAAAAAGCUUUCUGUCAUCAAGAUCGAAUCCAUCGUGCGAGGCUAUUUGACUGGCUCCGCUUACAAGGAGUACAAGAAGAACGGCACCGUUCAUGGUAUCACUGUCGAGCCUGGUAUGGAGGAGGCUCAAAAGUUCAAGCAACCCCUGUGGACACCUAGCACCAAGGCCGAUGCCGGAGAACAUGACGAGAACAUCCACCCCGACGACGCUUGGAAGGAGGUCGGUGACCGCGAGACUGCGGACCGCGUCAAGGAGCUGUCCCUGAAGAUCUACGAUGAGGCCUCCAAGUACGCCGAAGAGCACGGCAUCCUUCUGGCCGACACAAAGUUUGAGUUUGCCAAGGAUCAAGAGGGCAACAUCUACCUUGUCGAUGAAGUGUUGACCCCUGACUCUUCCCGAUUCUGGCCAGCAGCCGGCUACAUGCCUGGCCGUGACCAGGACAGCUUCGACAAGCAGUUUAUCCGAAACUGGCUCACCAAGGAAGGACUCAAGGGCAAGGAGGGUGUUGAGCUUCCCCAGGAUAUUGUCCAGGCUACAUCAGACCGCUACCGAGAGGCUUUCCUCAUGUUGACUGGUAAGAAGUUCGAGGACGCCGUUAGCCAGUAG